GCGGCCGAGCGCUGCAGAAGAAGGUUGUCGCGGCCUCGGGCGGAGGGGCGCCGGCCGACGGCGGAUCCCGUCCCGUAGAGGGGGCAGCGGUGUGGGGAUUGAGUAGGGAGAUCAUGCAUCAGAAGAAGGCUACGGUCCCGAGCGGAGGAUCAGCCCAGGAUUCUGAAGAAUCCGCCGCCAAGCACCGUACAAAGAAGGCGCGCACAGUCUCGAGCGGGGAGACCUCAAUGGUGGAGGCUGAUACCAGCUUGGGUGGAGACAUGGCGCACGGCCACCCUGCAGAGGAGGCUGAUACUCCCAAGGACUUUCAGAAACCCGAUUCAGACGAGACUGCACAUGCCAAGGAAGAAAGCGAGGAGGUGAAAGAGGCGGAGCUUCUGAUCCAAAACCUGAAUGAUCUGGGCACCGGAGAGCAUGUCAGCGAUGAUGAUUUCAAUGCUUACUUUGAUCAGCUACCUUCCAUGCCUCGGAUCUAUCCUGAUGCUGUUAAACUGACCAGUCAGGAGCUCGAUAAGCAAGUCGUUCACCAUGCACUGUGCCGCUUCAGAUCUUACAGGCACAAGGUGAAAGAGGAGGGAAAGGACGAUACGUUGGGCCUUAAGGACGUUUCUGAGGACGAGUGUGAUCGGCAAUUUCAUAAGAAGUGGGGAUACUUCAAGCAAAUCGAGGAAAAUUGGACACUUGAUUGGUAUUUCCACCCUGUUUACUGCAAAGAUCCUUCUCUGAGUGACUACCAACGCCUAGUCCUUCGAAAUUAUGGUGGUACUGAGUACGCCAGGUGGUGUGACUACCAUGAGUUCCUUUGUAGCCAUGUCAUUGAAGAAGAGUAUGCCAAUUACUGCGAGGAACUAUUCAAGCGACUACAGUGGAUGGAAGGUUAUCUAGAUGCUCGCCGGCCAUCUUAUAAGUGGGACUGCAUAUCCUCCCGGGGAGCUUUCCAAGCAAUGAAGAUCGCUGCUACGACCUUCCCCAAGAUCAGCGCGUCUUUAGCUUACUAUGGCUACCAUGAGUGUAUAGCGAGCAUGGGCUAUGACAGUUUUUGGUUUAAGGAGUUGGAUGGUGUCUAUUUUGAGAUUUGGCGGCGGGUCACGCAACGAAUGAUGAGCUUCAGAGAAGCUCUGGAGGAGGUUUAUAAUCUGGACAGGUUUCCAUUACGCCAACAUAGGAUGAAAGUUGCACUGGAGGAUGGCUACAUCAUGGGGAGAAUGAAAUCGGAGUACUGUGCCUGCACGGCAGCCAUUACCCCGGAAGUUAAAGAGGAUGGAGCUAAGGCGUUGAUUGCAGAGGGAAUUAGAAAGCAGAUUAACAAGCCGAAGUACUAUGUGGAGUAUAUCAGAAAGAAGAUUCACAUCGCCCGUGUUAUAGGAAUCCUUCCCCCGCACGAAGGAUUGAAGCAACAGUGUAAUCAAGAUUCCGGAGAAUGAGAUGAUCGUCAAACAAGCGUUUGUUUAUGAGAUUAUGAAAUUGAACCAUCCCUCGUCCUUUUGCACUGUGAUGUGCUGCACAGAAAUGCUAGUGACCUACUCCCUCCGUUCCCUAAAUAUUUGUCUUUCUAGAGGUUUCAACAAGUGACUACAUACGGAGCAAAAUGAGUGAAUCUACUCUAAAAUAUGUCUAUAUACAUCCGUAUGUGGCAACCAUUUGAAAUCUUUAGAAAGACAAAUAUUUAGAAACGGAGGGAGUAUAAGAUACUGUAAUAGAUCAUUUAUGCGGC